UUUAUGAUGAUGGCAAUUUUUUACCUGUAAUGAUGAGUGAUAAUGGACCAUGCACGUUUCAUUAUCUCAUUAUUAAUACGUCACUAUGUGUUAUCAAAGAAAAAUUAAGCUUAUCUCUAGUUAUAUAUAUUAUUUCUAUCAACUUGCAAAGUUGACGUUCUAUAUAUAUAUAAUCUAAAAAAUUUUUUUUUAUAUUUACACUUUUCCUCCAAAUUUUGAUGACAUAUCGAUUAUCUGAUUAAUUUUCAGUAUAAAAAAUUACAAUACAUGUUCAUCGUACAUAGUUUAAUCUAACCUAAUCUAACCUAACCUACCGGUCUCUUAUGACAGAUGACAGAUCCACUAAUUCUGUAAACAUAAAAGAAAACAGCUUUGAUAAUUUAUAUGUAAUAUAAUUUAUCAUUACGAGAAAAAUAACAGUUGCUUGGUGUAAAGAAUUUUAACGAUGUUUGCGGUUCUUUAAAUGCGACAUUUAAGUAGCAAGGGACAAAUAAAAAGAAUACAAUAGAUUACAUAUAUUAAACUCUCAAGACAUGGCAGCCAUUCGACAUACUUUGCAACGGGAAGUGUUCACUCCUAGCGAUGAAAAACUACUUAGUGUAUGCUAUGUAAGCAAAGCUUACAAGAAGAAGAAAAUGAGCUUCUUGUGCCUGGCUACAACGACGGAUACACCAGGAUCUCUUAUAUUGUACCAAAUAAAAAAGAAUGACAAGAAUGUUUAUAAAAAGAAACAAUCAUGGCCUCUAAGUGACAUACAAGUUGUAGACGGUGUUAAAAACGAUUCCAUGGAUAUAGAACUGCAUAUAGACAAAGUAUACAAAUGGUCAUCUACUACAGCACAGGAAAGACGAACGUUUAUCAGUAAUCUAUACACUUAUUCGUAUAGUUUAGCCCAGAGGCCAGAAUUCAAAAAUAUUCCCAAAGAAUGGUUGAUUGAUCCAAUUGCUUUAAAAGAGAGUGACAGCAUCACAUUUACGCCUGAUCUUUUGGCAUCACCUAUUACUUCAGAUUAUCAAUCUAUUACGGAAAAGGAGGCUGUUGACUUAAAACAAAUGAUGGAAAAUUGUGAAUAUGCUGUUUCCAAUGCUGAGCUUUUUAUGGAAACUCUUUCAAAGGAUUUAUCCAUUCUUGAUGGGGAAAAUGUACACUCGGUCUUAGCAUCAGAGCAGAGGGUAACACAGCUGAUGAAUAGUAUAGAUGCUGCAAUAAUCGAAGCUUCUAUCGUAGAAGCGCGAUUAGCAACGUACGACGAAGCAUUAGGAAGAAUAAGAGAAGUAAUGGCUCGAGUUGGGCAAAAGAAUCAAGCUAUACAUACAGCCAAUAAUAAUGCGAGACUUUUGUUAGAUCAGCUAAAUCUGGUCAUUUCACAAUUAGAUAUUUCUUCAACACAUCAACGUACUUUGAAUGAAGCUGAACUGCCAGGCGAAAGAGAAGAGCUUGGUUCUGCAGGUGCAGCGCUCUUAAAAGCAAUCACAGCACCACUUCCACCUGGCUUGGACAAGUUGAGUGCUGUCACUGAACAGAAAAGACGAUUGGACAAGCUUAAAGCAAAAUUCUCAGUUAUUGUUGCUAGACAUUUAAAUAAUCUUUUUAUACACUUGGGUAAUGAUAUCGGAGAUGCAUCGACUUCCAUGACAGAUCUAAUCUUACCGACUCACCAAGGAGUUCAUAAUGAACUCGUACCAUACACCGAAUUGAUGCAGUUGCUUAGAGCAUUAGAUAAUAAAGCCUUUGUGCUGUUAACUAAAGUCUAUACCGAUACCAUGAGCAAACUGUACAAGAGGGAUCUAAAACGUUUCUUUGAGGAAGCCAAGAAUAAGCUUAUUAAUAAACGUCUACAAGCAAAUACAUCAAGAUCUAGUGGCCAAAAAGGUGAGGAUCUGCUCAACCCAGCGCCUAUCUGUCUGUUGAGUGGUGAAGUAUGGACACCGGUGGAUGAAGGUAAUCUUCUGGAUUCGGUUCUGGAUUGUGUGCUUUCCCAAAUGCAGCCAGUAUGUCUCGCUGAGCAAGGAUUCUGCGUUUCGUUUCUUCAAUUGGACUCCGUUCUUUCGCCUUCCAAAAGCAGCGAGAUGGAAGAAAUUGAAAGCACGAGUAAUGGCGCAGCGAGUCCAGGGUCGGUGACUUCGACGGCGAGCAAAAGGUUGGAGCGCCAGGUCAACGAAGAUGUGCGCGCGACCAUGGCUGCGAUAUUUCCAUCCUUGGAAACCGAGUUGAACAACUUUAUCGGCUUCUUGGAUAAGAUCGACAGCUUUUGGUGUAUGUAUGUGCUGGUGCGACUCUCACAGCAUGUCAUGUCCGCUCAAGACACCGGCUCGUUUUUGUCGAUGACCUUUGCAUCUGCUUUGAUUCACGUGAAACGAGCAUUCGACAAAUUCAUGCAGGCGCAGCUACAGUCCAUAUUAUGCGACACGAAAGUCAAUCGUCGACAUAAAUGCGGUAUAUUGCCGUACAUAGAGAACUUUGGACCGUUUGCCAGAACCGCGGAGAAGAUCUUCCGCAACUCCGACAGGAAGGUCGACCUUGAAAAAUGGUAUACGAAACUCGUGAGCGCAAUGUUCGAAGCUAUCGUCAUUCACAGCCGAGAACAUCAUAAGACGCCACAAGAAGUUAUAAAAAUGGAGAAUUUCCAUCAUCUCUAUGAUCUCCUCUCACAACUGAAAAUUUCUGUAUUGGAUCAUGAGCGAAAGGAAGCUAAACAGAAAUACCAGGAUGCACUUCGUGCUUAUGUUACACAAUACUUUGGACGACCUCUUGAGAAACUUAAUCUUUUCUUCGAAGGCGUACAAGCCAAGGUAGGUGCUGGUGUAAAAGAGUCCGAAGUUAGUUAUCAGAUGGCCUUCAGUAAGCAAGAGUUGCGACGUGUAGUAAAAGAAUAUCCUGCGAGAGAAGUUAAGAAAGGUUUGGAGAAUCUAUAUCGAAAAGUUGAGAAACAUCUGUGCGAAGAGGAAAAUUUGUUACAGGUCGUUUGGCGCGAAAUGCAAAACGAAUUCAUUGCACAAUACAGGAAUAUUGAAGAGCUCAUACAACGUUGUUAUCCGGAUAGUAAUGUGACACUAGAGUUUACCAUUCAAGAUAUUUUAGAAUUCUUUUCAGAAAUAGCGCGUUCUCAUUGAACUGAAAAGAUAUUAAAAUAUAAAAAUGCUAUUUAUAUAACUCAAUUAUUAAU